AUUAAGUACGAACAUUAAAUAUAAAAAGUAUACAAACAAUUAUUAUACUUAAUGUGGAUAACAAUGCACUUCGUUUAGCCCUUCAUGUGCUGCGAAAUAUCAGAAGGGAUACCAAGUAAAAAGAAAACACCACCAAAGCCCGAAGAGAGAAAGGUAGAAGUAACAGAGAAAAUUGACAUCUAUUACUUCGACCAUGGGAAUUCUGCAUAUUAUCGAACAACGGACUCACCGCCGAUACUAGCGACCGAGAAAUGCGCCGAAAAAACCGAUCAGGCAGCGACACGUUUUUGGGCCGAGAUAUUUGGGACUAUUCACAUCGGCACUGCUUUCAUCACAGCAUUUGUUCUACAAUUAGUUCGAUUUAUACUUUACAGUAUAAUUCGACCAUUGACUGUGGGCAUUUUGCAACUGUUAGCAGACUAUUUUAUAAAACCCCUAUUGUCGAUUGUGUUCAAUACCCUGAUACAGCCUGUACUGAUACUGUUAUACAAUAUUGCAACGUCCUGCAAGGAUCUUUGCGAGCCUAUCGCUGAAGCGAUAGGGCUGUUCUUACGAGAGAUUGCUCACGUUUGCGCGGCGAUUCGGGUCGUCGAGGUGAAACAGGGUACCGCUCCCUCGGUUGCUUGCACUUGAUGAUCGGAAUUUGAAGAAAACAUGGGUUCUUACAAUGACGAGAGCAAGGGAAUAUGCUUUGUUGAGGGAAUAAGGUACAAAACUCAUAAUCUGUCCUCGUGACUUGUAAAAAAAUAGCACCAUGUAAACGCUGACUUAGGUUAGCUUCGGAAUUACCGUUUCCAAACUAUUUUUAACUUUAUUAUACCUCUACCUUGUACUAUGUCUGUUUCUCAUUGAUUAAGUGGCGAA